CUCUCUCGGUAUCCAUAGUUUUACUGCGACUUUGUUGUUAGUGAAGUGAGGUUCGCCGAAGACGCUAAAUCAGGUUCAUUUUGGUUUAUAAUAUUGCUGUACAUCCAAAUAAACCUGUCAGAUAAAGAAAUGACGUCGGCAGUGAUUUCCGUGACGACUACAGCCUCGCGCUUCGCGCUGCUGCAGGUGGAUUCGGACUCGGACUCCGACUCGGAACCGGGAAAGACCAAGAGCAGCCGGCAGUCGGGGGCGAGGGCGGGCAAAUCGGCGGCCGGUAAAACAAACGCCAACAACGACAAGCGGAAGGAGAAGAGAAAGAAGAAGAAGGAACAGCAACAGAGUGAGGCAAAUGAGUUGAGAAGCCUGGCCUUUAAGAAGCUCCCCCAGAAGGCCUGCCCCCCCCAGACGACAGGGGGACCCCCGCCUGGUGCUGGUGAGCCGGAACUCCCCCAGGAGGGCUGGCAGCAAUGGAAACAGAGAGACGAACAGUUAACCAGCGAGCUGUAUGAGGCAGAUCUGGAGAAGGCCUUGAUACUGAGCCAACUGGACUAUGAGGAGCACAAGCAGGAUUAUGAAAGUGCGGAUGCCACUUCCUCUGCAGCCAAAGGCGGCAGGAAGGACAAGCGGAAGAAUCAGCAGGGCAAGGAGAGGCAGCGAGUCACAGUGUCUCUGAAAGACUUCCAUACGGAGGGCCACAUCGACCAGCUGAACAAGAAACAGGAGAAAGAGGAGCCCAAAACUGUCAGUCCAGCUCUCCAAUACGACCGGUUCUUUAAUAAGCUGGAGGAUGAUGUCAGCAAGAUCGUCCUGCGGGAGAAACGGCGAGAACAGUUCAGCAACAGCAGCGGCCUGGAGGUGACCACAUCGACAGAGCAUGAACCGGACGUGAGGGCGGAGCAGCUGAAGUACGAGCUGGAGAAGAAGGACCUGGAGAUCGAGAGGCUGAAGAACGUGAUCGCUCAGUGGGAGAGUAAAUACAAGGAAGUAAAAGCGAGAAACGCACUGCUGCUGAAGAUUCUGCAGCAAGGAGAAAUGAAAGAUAAGGCUGAGAUUCUGCUGCAAGUGGAGGAGCUCCUGAACAUAAAAGAAGAGCUUUCCUCACAGGUGACUCUGUUGCACGCAUCCCUUGAACAAGAGAAGUCGAAAGUGAAGGGCCUGCAGUCAGACCAGCCCAAACACCACCAGGGGAAUAAGAAGGGCAAAAAAGCACUGGAGGCAGAUCUAUGAGACUGGAGCAGGAUGGAUCCCCCCCCCAGCCUCCCCCCCACCUCCUCCACACUCACGCCCAGUAAACGCUGUCCUACUGCGGAUACUGAUUGGUGCUCUGAAGGCUGAUCUAAUUAGAGGGGAGGGGUUUAUGGGUAAGGGGCGUGUCCUGCUGGGGGCAGUGUCAAGCUCACUGUUUCUGACUCGCAUACCUUAUCAAUAAAGCUUUCCACUUCAUCUCUCUCUUUCUGUAAUGCCAAAUGCAGGUAAUGUCAUUAGAUUUUUUUUUCCCACUGUAAAGUAAAGGGGACACUUUUCCUCUGCGUGUGUGUGUGUGUGUGCGUGUGCGUGUGCGUGUGCGUGCGCGUGCACACGUUUAGAGUGAGGGCACAGCCACAGUCAGUCAUGUUUCGGGAUAUUCUAAUUGCACUAACCUGAAACCUAAUUGCUAACAACUGCAAAGUGGUUGUGGAGUCAGUACAUUUAUAUUUUAGGUUUCAGUUGUAUAUUCUCGGGCUCCUCCUGAUAUGGUUUAUCAGGAGAUCCCAGAUUGGUCUGGUGUGCUGUGGGCAUGAUGUGUGUGGUGUGGCUGUGAUGCAGAGUUUUUUUUUACCCCAGAUACUGCACAUGGAACAUUGAUCAUCCAUAGGGAGAGACCUUUUACACUCUUAAGCCGAUCAGGGGUGAGAAAAUAAUCACAUGGAUCUGCCAGUCUGUUUGAAUCCUAACUGUACUUCCAUAAAUGCAGGAAAAGCGUAAGGGUAUUGCUACUCUUCUGUGUUUUUACUGAAAAAACAGUAAAAUGAUUUAAUGAAUUUCUGAAACAUCUGUAAACCUUAAAAGUCUGUGCUCCAACAUAAAUGACAUUGAAUACAAGUUUUAUAAUGUAAUAAAACUUUAUCAUUUA